CACCCCUCCCCUCCCCUUAUUUAAUUCCAAAGGUCCCUGCAGCAGACACUGUUUAAAAGACAGAGCCCUUCAUUAAUCAUACAGGAUACUUUAACCUCUUACCUAAACACAAUUCAAUUUGGACGAAAAUUUGACUGCCACUAUGAAAUACUUGGCUCUGGCUUUGCUGCUAUGUGCUCUGGCGUCACUGUCAAACGCACAAUGCUACUUUAAGGGCAUGAAAGCAGGCGUGACCCAUUGUCAGGACGAUGUGGAUCAGACGUGGCAUGCUGUGGGAUCUAGAUGGAGAAACAGUAGAUGUAUGGACUGUGAUUGCAGUAGCUGUUGUGCUGGGUAUUCAACCCCCAGACAGUUCCCUGAUGACUGCGUGUCAGUUUUUGACUCGGAAGCUUGUCAAUACAUAGUGCACAAGAAGGAUGACCCAUCCGUAUUAUGUCCAAUUUAUGGAGCAGUAGGGAAGUGAUGGCUGUUCGGAAGGUCUGCAGUAUUUUCUUGGACGAGAGAGAAAGAUGGAGGUGUGAUCCCUCACAGGCUUCUCACUGGGAAACACAGCCUGUUGUGUUGGUUGUAACACACGACCAAACAGGGAGCACAGCUGCUGAAAAUUGAAAAUAAAAUAAAAUCACCACAAAAAAAA